AUGUCGACAACAUCACGAACCGCUGUCGUCGCAACCGCGACCGUCGCCGCAGUUGCUGCGGGCGUCCUUGCAUACGCGGCCUACUUUGACUAUCGCCGGCGUCACAGUCCCGAAUUCAGGAGGCAGUUGCGGCGCAGUCAGCGACGGCAAGCUCGCGCUGAGAAGGACCAGGCUGAGGCCAACCUUCAGGCGCAAAGGCAGGCAAUCAGGCAGGCUGUCGAUGAGGCUAAGGAAGAGGGCUUCCCCGCAAGCGCCGAGGAGAAAGAAGCCUACUUCCUGGAGCAAGUGCAGGCCGGAGAGAUCAUGGGCGCGGAUCCUUCCAAGGCACUUGAUGCCGCUCUCGCCUUCUACAAGGCUCUCAAGGUCUACCCGACGCCUGGGGAUCUGAUUAACAUUUACGAUAAGACAGUAUCUAAGCCCAUCUUGGACAUUCUCGCGGAAAUGAUUGCAUAUGACGGAAGUCUUCGGAUUGGAACAUCAUACACCGGGCCCGCUGGCGUCGAUGUGGCGGAACUGAUGCGCGAGAUGGGCGCCGUUCCCGGCGUCGGCCUGGAUUAG